AUGUCUGCGCCGCUGUCACCACGAGCGACUACAUCUUUGUCCCCGACCCGCUUCAUGGCUGCGUCUCGUUGUUUGUCGCCAGGCAUCGAGACCAAGUUCGUGGGGUCGAGCUGCAACGACGUGGUGACGCUGGACGGGUCGGGCUCCACCAUCAUCAGCGGCCACGUGGACAAGCGCGUGCGCUUCUGGGACACGCGCGCCGAGCGCACGGCGGACGAGGUGGAGCUGAGCGGGAAGGUCACGUCGCUCGACCUCUCGCGCGAUAACAAUUUCCUACUCGCUUGCGCCAGAGACAACUCCCUUAGGAUAUUGGAUCUGCGAAUGAAGCAAGUUAUUGGGUCGUUCAGCGCGGACGAGUUCAAGGUGAGCUGCGACUGGGCGCGCGCCGCCUUCAGCCCCGACGGCUCCUACGUGGCGGCCGGCUCCUCGGACGGGUCCAUAUUCGUGUGGAACGUGCGCGACAACAAGCUGGAGACGGUCCUCAAGGAGCACACGGCGCCCGUGACGGCGGUGAGCUUCUACCCGCACGGAGGCUACCUCAUGAGCGUCGACAUGAAGCGCAAGGCGGUGCUGUGGGCCGACGUCUGACUGGCCGGCCGACCGCAGGCGGCGCUGCCCGCCGCCCCCGCGCCCGCGUCGCCGCCGCUUCACCCGCAGAGGCAGGCAGGCGCUCCGCCCGCCACCCACGCCUCCGCCGACGUCUUCGUCACAGUCGUUGUCAACGUCGUUCUCUCCGCCGUCGUCGUCAUCGUCUCUCUCAUCGCCAUAUCCACACUCGUUAUCAUUAUCGUCAUCCUCACCGUCACCGUCAUCUCAGGCACACUGUUCACCGUCGCCGGCAUGGUCGCUCUCCAAAUAGAGGCGGUGACGUCACACGCAUGCCACAACAGCUGAAACGACGCAGCUAUGAAGUCGAGAAAGUGAAUUUCGACUCUCAAACUGAUGAAUUUUUUAAAACACCAAUUUUUAUAACCAUGAAACAAAUUCUAUGAAACACAAUGGAACAUUCAUUUUUCCACUUCUCUAAACUCUUGAGUCAAUUCGAGCGAUUUGUUCGUUUAUAAAUGCCUUUAAGUUACAUAAUCGUUCGUUUCAUUAUUGCGAAAUAAAGAUUUUUUUGUUGCUACGCUAGAAUGAUAGUUGUACGCAGUGUGAUUUCCGUCAGUUGCCUGAAACAAGAAUGCAGGAUAAUUUGAAUGAACUGGUAGAAUCGAAAUAGAGGUUGCAUAUAGUAUUGUUUAGAAUGGAAGAAGGCAUCUGGUGUUACUGAUUGUGAUUUUAUAGAAAAAAGGGGAUAAAUACAUCACAAUUUUGAGGUAGUAGAUGGUGAGAAUCUGUUUAUUAAUACUCGUAAACGAGACUUUGUACGCAAGUGCAAUAAUGUGAUAUGAACUUCUCAUGGUGACUACCUUGUAUGUAGUUCAAAUUAAAUAUGAGAUAUAUAGAUAGUUUUAUAUGUUCUGCCUAUAGCAGUGUCGGAGCAUUAUGUUGUGCUGUUGUCUCUUAUUGAGAUAUCCAUGUUCAUGUUUUCUUACCGUUCUGGAAGGAGCUUAUCUCAAUGAAAUAGUCUCAGCCCACUUGUUGGGGUUCACGUGUGCUCUGGUCAUAAAUAUGUGAAUUUUCGUCCGUUUCGUACCUGUUUUGUUUCCUAAAGGGCGAAGAAUUUGGUAGGACAAAAAAGAAAAUGACCUCUUAGUCACAGUCCAUGAGAUCAGCUCCCUCGAGAAGUGUCUUUGCUGCGUUUUGUACCUGAAGGUGAGAAUUGCCAGUUAUCAGGUCGAAAGCGCUAGAGCCUAGUCAGGCGUCGUGGUAGAUGUCUGCUAUUUUCUUACUCUCAUAUGCGAUACGUGUUCAUUCCAAUUGGUAACGCAAAGAACUUUGAUUGGCUUUUAUCUUCGACUAUAUUAUUCAAGUUGCAAUUAAAUAAAGCUCUAGGUGUUUGUAUUUGGUUUUAUAUUUUCAAGUCUGAGUUCUUUUAAUGUUUGUGUUUUGUAGACUGACUAAUAUUAAUAAUUAUAAAUAUAUUAUUAUCCUUCAGUCCAAUUCUCUCUUUAAUUUAUAGAAAGUCCGCACUUCCAGAUAGUUAUUGUAGAAAUAUUUCUAAAAAUAUUAACAUGUUAAUUGUUAUAAAAGAAUUUAUGAAUAUUUAGGUAUCAUUCAAAAAAAUAAUAGAAAAAUUCUUGAUGUUGUAAAAAUAUUUUUUUCUGUACUGAGUCGAUAAACUUUGAUGUUUGGUGCUUUUUUAUAUUUCGUUUUGCAAGACAUUUCUUAACCCCACUUCCACGAGACCGACGCUUGUGAGUGAGGGAUAGUAGCUUUUGUAUUUGGGCGUGCACGGAAUAAUUUGAUUAAUGUAUAUUGUAUUUUUUCCCUCACUAUAGAAUAAGUGUACUGUGAAUUGCACUUUCUGUUUUAUAUAUCAAGUGAGAAUCCUGUGCUGAGAAUUUGUGUGUUUCAUUCCAAGAGUCAUAAAAUUACGUUAAUGGAUGUAUGGGUUUAUUUUUGUUAGCAAUAUGUUGCUCAACUUAUUUUAUUAUCUAUAUACUGAUCAAUAAAUCCUAAUGAUUCUGUUUCUGUACUCUUAUACAAGGAUUAUGUACUUUUAAAUAAAAUAAGUUCCUUGUCUUUAAAUUGUA